AUGACUGAUAUCUGCUUGAAAAUGUCCAGCGACGGCUGCUUCCCGGAGAAAUGCCGCGAAGCCCGGCGCCGGAGGAUCGAGGUGCGGCGGUCGGUGGCGGUGGCCGGCGACGUGGACGCGCCACCUCGGCCGGGAAGCCCGAGCUGCUCGGAGACGGGGGCGGAGAAGUCCGACGGCGACGAGGAAGGCAGGAAGCGCUGCCCUGCGGGGAGAUCGAACGCCUUCUCCUGUCCUCCUCUGCCGCCGGCGGUGCCUUCUCCGGCUUCUUCUUCGGCGUCUGUUUCGAACACGGGGGAGCUGGUGGCACCGGACGUUCCGUCCACACGCAGAAAUGUACCUUCUAUGCCGCGGCCAGAAUUCGGCUUCGUAUCGCUCUCCGGCCGGUCACGAGAAAUGGAGGACGCUGUUUCCCUGCACCCCUGCUUCUACUCGCCGGGGGACGACUGUUCGUCACCGUUGCAUUUCUUCGCGGUCUUCGAUGGCCAUGGCGGCUCCCACGUAAAAUCCGGACGUCCUGCUUUCUUCUGUCAUAUUUUUUUAUUAGUACGGUCGAUUCGAGGCUCGUCUUCUAAUGCCUCCACGAUUUAGCUCUUCUAUUUACGAAUGCCGAUUACCGAACAAAAAUAUCGAUAACACCGGCGAUCCGACGAAAAACUCGGGAAGAUCGGAGGCGAUUCGUUUUUUUUUUCCUUACUACUUUUUUCUGGGAUGUUACGGUAUGACUAUAGUUUUUGAUAACUCGGAAGCUCCUUCGGUUCUUGGCAUCCCUCACUUUCUGUCAGAUUUUCUCUGUUUUCAAUUCUCCAAUUGGGUUGCAAGCAUUCGCAUGUUGCUUGCGCCUCCAUUACGCGUCCUCCUUGCUCGCUUCUUACAAAAUUAUCUUCACCGAUCCCAUUAUCCGUAAGACACGCGGCCUCUCGGGGCGUCGUAAGAUCUGCCUGCGUCUCGUCCUGUUGCACGUCGGUAGCCUGAUGGUACCCAUUCUCUCGCUGGCAUUUCAGGUGUCUGCUCUCUGCAAGGAGCGAAUGCACGUGUUCUUGGCGGAGGAACUACAGAAGUCGUCGUCGAACUUCGGCGAGAGUCAGAUCACCGUGGACGUGUUCACGGAGGCGACAAUGCGGACCUUCCGGCGGAUGGACGAGCUGGCGCUGGCGUCCUGCGCCUGCGGCAGCGUCGGGGAACCGUCCUGCGGCUGCGAUCAAGCUGGAUUCUCGUCGCAGAUCGUGGGCUCCACCGCCGUCGUCGCCGUCGUCGACCGCCACCGCGUCUUCAUCGCCAACUGCGGUGACUCUCGCGCCGUGCUCAGCCGCGGGGGCCGUGCCGCGCCGCUGUCCUCCGAUCACAAGGUGAUGGCAUCUUAGGUUAUUUAGGGUCAAGUUUCGGGCAUUCUUUGGUUCAGGGUGGGGAUAUGCUGUUACUUCGUCGGGGGUGGGAGAUUCUACUGUGUUGUUUUCUUCUUUCUCGCUUCCUCCGUCUGGCCCGGUGUGGUAGGUCCGUGUGCUUUCUUCUCGCUUGUGAAUGUGUGCCGCCGGCAAUGUCAGGGGAUUUUGAUCAUUUUAACUUACGUUUCAAACUGCGCAGCCGGACAGACCAGACGAGAUGGCGCGCAUAGAAGCAGCGGGAGGAAGGGUGAUCUACGUAAAUGGAGCUCGCGUUCUUGGGAUUCUUGCUAUGUCUCGUGCAAUUGGUGAGAAUUUCUCUGCUCCCUGCGUUCUGACGUCCCUGCAUUUCUCUGCUCCGUGUGAAUAACGUCAAUCAUCAAUAGAAAAUCGCGCUAUCACAUUCCAAUCAUCUUGGAAGACAUAACAGCACAUUAAAACUUUGAUAAAACUUGUAUAUUACCACAAAACUGUUUAUAACUCUGAGAAGUUAUGCGUUUCGAACGAUGCCAAAUAAACGGCUAAUUGAGGAAUAUUUAGAAUUGCGCAUCCCAUUCACAAAAAUGUUUAGAAUUUCGAACGAUACCACAAAACUGUAUUACCUGUGAGGAUGGCCGUCUUUCUCUGGGUCCAUCUUUCCCAUGAUGGUUUGUUUUCUUGGCUCCUUUUAGUUCGGCGUUCUGCCUUUAAAGCUCUAGACAUAAUAGGGUCUACUCUAGAUGUGCAAAUGCAAGCAGAUGCCGUGGUUCUUUUCUACUUUCUUCUUCUGCGUUAAACAUGGAGAUACUCUGCCGAUCACCGUCAGAACUGCUGUCUUUUUCUUACUGCUUUUAUCCUCUAGAGUUCUGUGUUCUGGCUGCAUUUUUAAGAUGACACGGUGAACCAUUAGGAUUGUGAAAGUCGACUGUGAGAGAUUCUGUGGAUUCGAACCAUUAUGAGCUGACACUACUUAUGUCCUUUUAUUGUAUGGGCAUGUUUCUCUGAAACACGUCAAAUGAGGAUAUUCAUUUGGUAAAAAAUGAUAGAAUUUUCUCGUUCGUUUCCCGUAAUUAGGUGAUUAUAGCUAUGACUGUCUGGGAACCAUCAUUACGGAUUGAAUCUGCUUCGCUAAUAUCGGUAGCUGAUGUCUUGAUUUCGCUAUAGUAUUGGAUGACAAAUGGUUGGUGACUGGUUACGUUAGUGUCAUGGCAUGAUGCAUUCGAUGUGGCCUGACCUGUUAUGGCUUUCAGUGAAUGGUCUCAUUUCUUAGGCAUGGUCAAAUGAUGCUUUUCUUGCCUCUGUACCGUGAUUGGAUGUUCAGUUGAUGAUGAUGCACGGUAUGUAGGUUUAAUUUAGUUAUUGAAUCCUGUGUUCAUUUGAUUAUUUGAUCAAUUUUAAGUGUUUAGAUGGUUUGAAAUUUAACAUAAAUGAUAUUUUCGCAUUUAUUGUGUGAGUCCAGUCGAUGAUUUAUUAUCAAAUGCCACAAUGGCAGCCUCUAAUUUUGAACGUCAUAGUGGGGAAGGUCUUGUAAAUUCCAUCUUCUUUCUGAUCGUUUUUUCACAAUCUAAAUUGGAUAAAUGAUGAUAUUUUUCAGUUAUUUACGUGUCAAUUGUUCCUCUAAAAAUGUCCUUUGAUUACUCAUUUAAACAUUGGCUGCAUAGGUAAGAUACUAUGUGAUAAUAGAACUAUUACCGAGUGAUAUAGAUACGAAACAACUAAGGGCAAGAAAUGUCGUAGAAUAAAUGCUAAUGCUUGAAUAAUUCCCAUUUCUAUGGUAUAAACCCAAGUAUCAUUGCUAUGAAUUUAUAGAGAUAUAAUUUGAAUGCGGUUGCCUUAUUUAUGUGUGAAAUGGUGAUUUUAAAUUUCUGUAUUUGAUAACGUUUGCAAUUGAUUAUAAAUUCUCUUGUUUUUUGAUUGAGGCUUUGUGCAAUCUUUGUUUCUGUGCUUCUCAGUUUAUGGUUUAUUGACGUACUCUAUAUAAGCAUCAAAUCGGAACUCACCAAUUGUAUCAGUGCAUAUGGGUGUCAAACCGUACGGAUGAACAUUGUGGAAGUUGUGAAUCAACUGAAAAGAGACAGAUAGUGAUCUAUUGAAUUAAUAGAUUUUUCAUAUAGAAGAAAUAUUUUCACUAGCAGCUCUCCUUAUCCACUCAACUAUGUGAUUCUAAUGGAGCAACUGACAUCUGAUAGUGUUAUUCAUAAAAUCAAUUAAAAGAGUAAAACAUGAUGCCCGCGCAUAUUCAACAACUUGAUUGAGGAAGAAAGUAGAGCUGGGUAUAAUUUUUGUGAAGGUUCAUAGAUAGUGUUAUAUACUUGUGCGGUAUUUUCUGUCCUUUUAUCAAAUUCUCCGGGAACAGUUUUAGGUUCCACUCCGUUAACUUUGUCCCCAAUAUCUUCAGUUCUGUCUGCCUCGUCCAUUGGGUAUAAUUCUUGUCCAGUUUCAUGCAAUUUUAUUUAAUUUGAAUACGAUAACACAGAAAUGUAAAUCAGUUAUUAUCAGCAAGAAUGUGAAUUUUUAAUCUUAAAUAAAGUAAAUCUAAGUCUCCAAAGUGUGCUCGUUAUCUGGUUUCAUGUGAUCGUGCGUAGUUACAGCUAGCGAUGAACAAUCGUGAUUCUACUCAGAUCAAAUGUUAUUUAGCUGCGGUAGACAAUGGAUUCCAAAGUUGAAAUCGAAUUGAGCUCCAGGCUUUUAUCUUAAUUGAUGCUACACUACCCUACACAAAUGACGAUCUCAGGCUUUUAUCUUUAUUUUACCGAUUUUUUCUUCCAUUUUUUGCCUUCUUAUUCCCUUCUCUCCUGGCAUCCUAUGUGGAUUGCCAUCGGUGUUCUUCUUCUAAGGUCAAACCUUUCUAUCUGGUCUUCUUUGCAGUUGACUUCUAUUCUUCACUUUUCUGUUCUUUUCUGUUGCCAUUUCACGAGACCUUACUGUCAUGAGGCGAAAGCUGGAAAACAAGAAUGGUGGCGAAUGCUACUUCUCUCCUCCCUCUUUAGAACAUAGGUCGAGGUUCAACAUAUGCACCUCAAAAAAUGAGGCCCGCCAAGCUUCGAGCUGAUCCGCACAUAGUCAUAUCAUUACAAAAUCAAUUGAUUCAAGCAUUUCACAAACUGUGACACUGAUUAUGACCGUUUCUUCUUCAUCUCAAAAAAAAAAAAAAAAAAAAAAGGUUUUCUCCAUGGAACAUGACUUGUAAUAAUCGUAGAAUAUGAUCAGUCAAUCCAGUAUUGAUCAAGAUAGGCUGAUGAUUCUCCCAACCGUGAUUACAGGGGCUCCAUGAGUAAUCUACGAUCCUGAAGGAAACAUAGGCUAGCCUCCUCUAUACCUCACUGUGUCUUCUUUUCAAGCCCGUGUGUUUUUGUGGCUAUGGUUGUCACGCUAGUUACAAAUGAAACAAUGCUUAUCAUCGAAUUGGGUUGGCCAUAGCUGCUGUGAUUAUGGUCAACGACCAUAGAAAAGCAGAGGUCUCUGUGUCUUUCUUUCUUCACCCAAUUCUUCUCUGCGCUUCACCCACCCAAUCGACCCACGUCGUGGACCUCCUUUUUUCUCUCUGAUUCUCAACCUCAGAACUGAUGUGGUGAAUGUGUUAUAUAUGCAUUCCAGGAUGCCAUGACGAGACUCAUUUCUCCUCCUUCUGUGGGUCAACAUAGAAAGCCACCGCACAGCUUGGAUCGAUGGCUGUGUUUUCCUAUCAAAUUAAUGCAUGCUUUAUUUCCUUUCUGCAGUUCUUGUGAAUUAGGGAAAAGUAAAUGGAUGGGGCUCAAAGCGUGCCCAUAAUCGGACCUUCUCUCCAUCAUCGCCAUGGCAGUACUUAUUUCAUCCCAUUCUAGGAUCCUAUACCACUCUUCAUAACUUCCAAGCACCCAUGGAACCCAUGGUGAAUGUGUUCUUAAAUUGUCUUAUUGAAUUUUUUUAAUUUUAUUUAUUUAUUUAUUUAUUGUGUGUGUGUGCUCUUAUAUCAUACAUCUUGUCUCCAAGGGGAAACGAACGAUGCUAGUUUUGGUAAAGAUGUGAAAAUUCUUGUAUGGUAAUCCGUCUCGGAAUGUAUUCUUAUUGGAAAUAACCCACCCUGGUUGAAUAAUCAGGAAUCCGAGGUCACCUCAGUGAUUUUUAGAUGUCUCACUCACUUGCAUUAUAUGCUUCCAUUGGAGUUGAAAUGGUCGCGAAGUUGACUAUUCUGCGUUGACGAUCUGGGUCAUGGCCUGACUGGUUGACUUUUUCAGGUGACAAGUACUUGAAGCCGAUAGUGAUCUCCGACCCCGAGAUUCGGGUCAGCGAGAGGACCCCCGAGGACGAGUUCCUGAUUAUCGCCAGCGACGGCAUGUGGGACGUCCUGUCCAACGACCUGGCCUGCGACAUCGUCCGCCGGUGCCUCCGGGACGAGCGCCGGCAGGGCCCGGCGGAGGACCUCCGCACCGACGGCUGCGAUGGCGGCGCCGCGGCGGCGGAGCGCGCCAACCCCGGCGGCUCCUAUUGCUCCAUGGCAGCGACGCUGCUGACUCGCCUCGCCCUGGGGAGGCAGAGCUCGGACAACAUCAGUGUGAUCGUGGUUGACCUGAGGAGAGCAUGA